AUGGCGAUAUAUUUUCCGUGCCAAUUGAAAUUAUCAGAAUUUGAGUCUCAAAGAGUUGACUGUUUCGAACCAUGUAUACCGUUUUCAAAAUGUUAUGUUGCCCAAGAGCUUUUUAAAGAAAACCGGACUUACCCAAAAGUUUGUCAUUUUACUGAGUUUGAACCUUAUGUUUGUUGCAAUCAGGAUUUACCGUUUUUGAAAAAUUAUUUUGAAAACUUAACGGCAAGUGAAAGGAUAUGUCAAAAAUUAAACCCACCAGUACAGCGUCCUGUUGCUGUUGGUGGUUAUGAAACGAAAAAAGAUGAGUUCCCAUUCAUGGCUGUUGUGGGUUAUGGUGACAUCAAAAAUCCUACAUAUAACUGUGGUGGGUUUUUAAUUGACAGAAAUUUCGUAAUAACAGCAGCUCAUUGCGCCACGUAUAAUAAUGAACCACCAUCUGUGGUACGAAUUGGAGGAGAUCCGUUAUCUGAUAAUGCUACUAAAGUGGUACCAGUUGUUAAAGUAGUAUCUCAUCCUGACUAUCAAAGUGAUACAAAUCAUAAUGACAUAGCAGUAUUAGUGUUAGGUCAACCGGUAUAUGCAACUCCUGUUUGUCUCUGGACUUUUGGAGAACUUAAUUUGGAAUUUGAUUCUAAUGCUAUUUCAGCAGGAUACGGCUCAACAUCAUUUGGGGGCCCAUUUGCGAAAAGACUCUUAAAAGUUUAUAUGACAAUAUUAAGUAACGAUGUAUGUAAAAAACACUAUGGGGAAAAUCAAAUUAUUGAAUCCCAAUUAUGUGUUGUGGGCAAAGAGAGAAUUUAUAAUGGCACUGAACAAGUUAUACAAGAUACAUGUCAGGGCGAUUCUGGCGGACCACUAUUGUUAGGAGAACGUGUAGUAGGUAUUGUUUCAUAUGGACAGGUCUGUGGUUCAUCUACACCUGGAAUAUAUACGAAUAUAAGUUCCUACAUAAAUUGGAUUGAAUCAGUAGUUUGGCCCGAAAACAAAACGGAAGAUAAACUUAUUCUAGCAUAGAUUUGUAGUAGUAUUUAAAGUGAAGAACUGUAACUUAAAAUUAAGAAAAAUUAUUACAUUAAGUUUUAAAUUAUAUAGUUUUUAGUAUUUAAGAAAUUUUUAAUAAAAAUGGU